GAGAGACGUGUGCUGAGACCAGAGAGAGAGAGAAAGAGAGAGAGAGAGGGGUGGGGGUGCGGGGGGGCUGGUAGGAUUUAGCCCUGGCAGCGUCUUUUUCCGUCCAACACAACAAGCUUAUUACCGUCCGCUCCGCGCGCCUGGAAACGGAUUUACGCACCAAGAGAAGGAGUUUGCAGGUCGAGUAGGAUGCUGAGUAUCUUUCCUCCUCGCCACUGCUCUCAACCCUGCUCUCCAUGACCUGAGAGCACCACCACAGCGGGAGGACCCAAGCACCAGAGAGAAAGAAAGGAAGAGGAGGGCAGAAGGUCGAGGACAGAAGGAAGAAAAACACUUUUUUGUUGUUAUUAUUUGUUUUCUCUUUCUGAGAUGGAGGCGACUGAGGCCAGUGCGGCGCCGGUGGUUCAGGAAGACGGAAAAACUCCCGAAAACAAGCCGGCAGAGGCAGAACUACCGGCCAAAACUGCAGACUCAGAGACUGUCGACAGUGAAGGUGUGGAGAAAGAUGACACGGCUGCCAACAGCGAGGUGGUCGAAAACAAAGAGACUGUGAAUGACACAGGUGCGGCGGCGGCGGGCACCGAGGAGGGCGAAGCAGCAGCGGGUGGAGAGGCAGCCCCUCCUCAGAGCUCAGAAAACACCUCCUCCUCCACUGAGCCCAAGACCUCGUUCCUUGACUCCUUCCUCAACAAGAGCGGCCUUGGGAAGGUGAUGGGAGGGAGGAAGAAGAAGGAGCACAGUUCCGCUGCAGGAGGAGAGGAGGGAACUGCUGAAGGAGGCGAGAAAGAAGGAGAAAAGAGUGAGGAAGCUGCAGCUGCUGAGGGAGGCACAGAGGGAGGUGGAGAAGGGGAGAAAGCAACAGACAAGGUUGUAGAAAACGGGGAGAAGGAGGAGGAGGAGGAGAAAAAGGGCAAACCUGCAGACACAAAAUCUACAGUUCGAGAUUUGAUCAGGAAGCCGGUGGCAAGAAUCUUCUCCCAUCGCAGUACCGAGAAGAAGGAUGGAGCUGCCGCAGAACCCCCCAAACCAGUAAAGGUCCGAUCCAAGUCCCUGGACCGUCUUGAAGACCCUGAAGCACUUAACACCACUGCAGACUCUACUGUCGAGGAGGCCGGAGCAGCAGGAGGAGCAGAAGAAGAACAGAAAGCCUCGUCCUCCUCAGCAGCCACGAAGCACAUGAGGCGCUGGCACUCCUUCAAAAAACUCAUGGCUCAAAAAGCACAUAGGAAGACUGGAGGAGGUGAAGAAGGGAAGGAUGAUGGAGUGGAGGGAGAAGGGGGUGGCGACUCCUCCACCCUGGACUCCAAGGAGUCUGGUCAUAAGAGGUGGAAGCUGAAACGCUCCUGGACCUUCCAGGGCCUGAAGAGGGACUCAUCUGUAGUAGGAAUCAGUGGCAAGACCAAGGGUUCAGAAAAAGAGUCCGGUGAGAAGACAGAGGAGGCUGCGGGGGAAACCGAGGAAGGAGAGGAGGCCAAGGCAGACGCUGGAGCGGAGGAGGUCAAGACAGACGGAGGGGAGGAGAAGGCUGAAGGAGGCGAGGAGGAGAAGGCCACAAUAGCGGGUGGAACGGUGACGCAACACGCCAACGAGAUCUGGACCUCCUUCAAGAAGCGCGUCAUCCACAAGAGCAAACGCGCCAACACAGAGUGCGCCCCCACUGGAGAGGAGGACGCCACUGCAGCUGCUGCAUCAGGUGAGGAAGCUGCAGCAGAUGAAGGUAAAGACGCCAAGUCAGCCAAAGCUAAGCGCUCACACUUUGGCCGUGCUGUUUCCCUGAAGAACUUCAUCAUGCGAAAGGGUAAAUCCAGCAGCGUGGAACUGGGCGAGGGCACCAAGGAGGGAGAGGAGGUUGCAGAGGGAGGCGAAGGAGCAGGGGAGGGAGGCACUGAUGGAGAGCCUGCUGCAGCGGCUGAGGAGACCAACGACAAAGGUGAGGUGCUGGCCGAGAAAACGCCAGCAGACGAGAGCGGCACAGAGGCACCUAAGGAACCAGAGGAGACAGAAACCGAAGCUCCGGUGGCCAACGGGGAGAACGGCUGCUCUAAUGGCGCAGCGGAGGAGAACGCCACACAGAAUCACCAGGAGGAGGAGGAAGAGGAGAAGACGAUGGGGAGCAACCCCAUUAAGAAGAGCAAAGAGGCCGGAGGCAUAAAAGACGAGGCCAACGCCAAGAUUAUCAACGCCACAGCAGCUGUGAACAGCGACAAAAAGGCGGGAAACGUGUGAGGCCCCACAGAGAGGAUUAAAACUGCCCGGGAUUCGCUGAGCAAGGAGCUCUGAACCCCACCCCCAACUCCUCCUCCUCUUCCUCCUUCCUCCUUCCUCCUCCUCUCUCCCUUCAUCCCCCCCCCCCUGAAUAAGUGGAGUAAUCUAACAGAUCACCACAAUGAGAAAGAGAGAAUGAGAAGGAUGCAGUUCAUGUAGAUGAGAAGUGAAAAUAAUACUUACUCAGAAAGCAAUAAUUCAAGCCCCUCCCCCAUUUCAUCUGCCACCCCGCCCACUCCCCCUCCAUCCAAAACAUACAACACAUGUAAAUCAGUGUGUUUUUUAUUUUUCUUUGCUUGUCCAUGAGAUUUUAUAUUGUCUACGAGAGAAAAAAGAAAAAUGCAGAAAUGUAAAGAUGCAAAUUGAGCCCCCCCCCCCCCCCCCCCAACCCCGCUCCCUGUUAACCUCUGAUUGGUGAAUUUGAAGAUGAAAAAAGAUAAACAAAGACUGUAGUUUUAUAUCCUUGGCCAGUUAUCUUUGUAGCCCCCCCUCCCUCCCUCUGUGCCCCGCCCCUCCCAUUGUCCCAGUAGAUAUUUGACUGCAGGGCCGCGCUGCUCCAGUACAUAAACUGCCCCGAGGACUGCACCCCCCACCAACACUGCAAUGUCUUCAGCUCUGUGUGUUUAAUGUUUUUAGACUGUUAUAUCGUGUACAUGGAUUCAGAAAAAGAAAGAAAAGUAAACAGCAUUGAUUAUUAUAUAAGACAAAAUGCUUUUUUUGUUGUCGCUUUCCUGUUUGGUUCGAUCUUUUAUUUUUUGUUUUAUUUUGUAAAAACCACCGUCUUCUCACCGUUAUUGCAGUCUGACGAUAUGCUGUGAUGAAAAAAACACAAUAAUCAUAAUGAUGAUGAUGAUGAUGAUGAUGAUGAUGAUGUUUUGUUGGUCCAAGUUUUCACAUGUCCGCUAGCAAACUGUCAAAACAGAUAGUACAAUAAAGACUAAAACCUAACAACUAAA